ACUUGGUCACAUGACAAACAUGUGAAAUGUAUCAUAAUUCAAAAUGGCAACUUACAUGUCUAUUUCCGUGUUUUUCAUCUUAUGUUUAUUUUCUUACGUAAAUUGUUGGAUUCCAAGGAUUAUAAAUGGUCGACCAAAAGGAGGGAUGCUUGGAGCUCCAAAGGUUUCCCAUGACAUAAAUGUUCCGUCAGCCCAGUGGUUUAAUCAACGUUUAGAUCAUUUUGAUGGUGCUAAUUACCAGCGUUGGAAUCAGAGAUAUUUUGUGAAUGCCACUUUCUACAAGCCUGGUGGCCCUAUAUUUCUCAUGAUUGGUGGUGAAGGUCCAGCAAACCCUGUUUGGAUGGUAGAAGGAACAUGGAUUCAAUAUGCACAGAUGUUUGGUGCUAUUUGUGUCAUGUUGGAACACAGAUAUUAUGGAGACAGUCAUCCUGUAAAAGAUCUAGCCUUUGAGAACUUGCAUCCUCAACAUCGCCAGGCAUUGCUGAUGCUUGCUAAUUUCAUUGACUGGUUUCUCAAUACAUUUGGAGGAUCUUAUCCAGGUUCAUUAUCUGCCUGGUUUAGAUCCAAGUACCCAUACAUGGUUGAUGGUGCUGUGGCUACAAGUGCCCCCAUAUAUGCUCAACUUGACUUCAGAGAGUACUUGGAUGUUGUAACUGAUGCUCUGGAUACUACUGGAACACACUGUAACCAAGAGAUACUUAAUGCUACGCAAACCAUGUACACCUGGUGGGGACAACCAGACAAAAGAACAGAGUUGGAAGAUAUGUUCAAGUUAUGUGACAAGAUAGACCCUGAUAAUAUACUGGAUAAAGCUGGAUUCUUCAGCAACUUGGCGGGAAACUUUGAAGGCGUUGUCCAAUACAAUAAAGAUAACAGAGCAUUUGAGGGAGCUAUUGGCACUGAUAUAACGAUAGACACACUGUGUGAAAUAAUGACUGAUUUUACGAGAGGUUCGGCUAUACAGCGGUAUGCUUACGUAAACACGCUGUUACUUAAAACAUACUCCCAGUCAUGUCUUGAUUUUAAGUACACAAAGAUGAUCGAGGAUAUGAGAAAGACAGACUGGAACAGUAGUGGCCGGAGUAGUGGCAUUUAUGUUUCAGGGCGUCAGUGGAUGUAUCAGACUUGUGCAGAGUUUGGCUGGUUCCAGUCUUCAGAUUGUAAAAAACAAGCCUUUAGCCACCAGUUCCCUGUAAACUUUUCAUGCAUUCAGUGCAUGGAUAUCUAUGAGAAGAACAUGGAUUGUAUAUUUAUUGAUGAAAAUAUAAAAGACACUAACCAGUACUAUGGUGGACGUAAUAUCUCGGUUACCAAAGUUGUGUUUCCCAAUGGUUCUAUAGACCCCUGGCAUGCUAUGGGAGUCACUGAAGAUAUUUCUCCUGAUGCUACUGCUAUCUAUAUUGAUGGAACUGCCCAUUGUGCCAACAUGUACCCAGCAACAGACAAAGAUUCUCCACAGCUUACAGCAGCCAGGAAACAGAUAGCUGAUCUCAUUCAUAAAUGGAUCCAGUGAAAGAACAAAAGAAAACUUGUGUCGCAAAAGUGUGAUUACAUUCCUAUUAUCAGUGAUACUUCCAAUGACUUUCAUAUAAUGCAUUGCAAACUGGAAAAGGGCAUUCUUUGGCUUUCAUAAUGUCUUAUUAUUAUGUUAUGUAUUCGGUUAAAAGAAGUGA